CCCUGGAGGAACAGGAAUUCGAAAAGAAGAUGGACGCGCUCAAGGCCAGUGUCGAGUCGAUGAAGGACAAAGGACGCGCUCAAGGCGCUGUCCGGGACGUCCUCCCCAGGCUCAGCCCCGCAGGGAGGCUACGGGCUUCCAUUGUUCAACAGCCUCGGGGAAGCCCUCGAUCUCAUCGCGGAGAAGAACCUGCAGGAGAAGGCCUUCAACCAGACGGUGCGACACCGUUUGGGCCGUGUCUUCGACAAGGUCGUCAAGGCUAGGAAUCGGGCGGCGGAGAUGAUCACGUCGAAAGCGAUCGCGAACCAGAUAUUGAAGACGGCCUCGA